CCCGCGGGCAGAGGGGCCGCGCCAAGCGCCGGCAGGCCCCUAGAAGCCCAGUUCCUCCUCAACAUAACUCUGUUUCUCUUUCUGUCUCUCUCUCUCUGUCCACAGCUUCGAUUUUUUUGGCGCCGCUGGUAUGAUUCCCAUGGCAGCGCGGGAACAGCCCAGGCAGCGGGACACGGUGGCGUAUUGCCGGAAGGAGGGCAUCGCCGUGAUGGCGUAUUCCCCCCUGGCGCGGGCACAGAUGUUCGGGAAGACCGCGCUGCGCGGCGUGGCGGAGCGGCGCGGGUGCUCGGAGGCGCAGACAGCGAUCCGCUGGGUGGUGCAGCAGGGCCUAGUGGCCAUCCCCAAGAGCGCCGCGCCCGCGCGCAUCGCCGCCAACGCCGCGGCGGUGUCUGGGGAGGGCCUCUCGGCCGAGGACCUGGCCGAGGUGGACAAGCUGGACUUUUACCAACACGCGUCGUGCGCCGCGGCGUCGAGCGCCAUGGGCAUCUCCUGGGCCGACGUGGCGGAGGCGAUCCCGGACAAGGCGGGCGCAAGAGGCGUCGGCGCUGGCGGAGGAGCCCUGGGCGGCGGGGUUCCCAGCGGUCAAGGCGGCGGCGCGGGCGGCGGCACGUGGGGAGCCCGGUGGACGAGGCCGGGCAGGGCGCCCGCGUAGCGGCGCCUGACAAAGGGCGGGGCGCGGUCUUGCGGGUGGCGUGAAUUGCACCCCUUCGCGGGUUGU